AUGGCCAUUUUCCUCUCGCUGCUGACCGUCGCGUCAGUGUUGCUGGUGGCCACUGGACAGCCGUCCGGCUUUCAUGGCUGGGCCAACAACUUUGGUGGCUAUCUGAGUUUCACCUGCCCUUCCAACCAGGUCCUUGACGGCUGGUAUGGCGUCUUCAGCAACAGCCGUCUUGACCGUCGCUACUCUUUCCGAUGCACCAACGUCAACUCCAUCACGUACCGCAGCUUUGGUGGCUAUGAGAACAGCUACUAUGGCGGGUUCACAAAGACAUACCCCAACGGUCAGGCCAUCUACCGCAUUCAGGCUGGCCACUCCGAUGGCUACCGCGAUCGUCGUUGGCGCAUUGGCUGUGCAGACCACACAAACAACAACGGCCCGUACCACAGCAGCUGCUCGUGGAGUGGAUGGACCAACAACUGGCCCAGCUACUACCCAUACUACUACUGGUUCCCCUUCUACUACUACUUCUACUACUUCUACUCCCCCUUCUACUACUACCACUACCCCACGACCAGCUUCACGGCAAACAGCAAGUAUGUGAUCCACGGUGUGCAGUCCGACUUCAGCUACACCUUCCGUGACCGCCGCUGGCGCUUCUACCAGUGCCGCGUCUCCUGCCGCAGCGGAUGGGUCCAGUCUGGUACCGAGUGCACGUGCCCAAGUGGUUCGUACCAGAGGGGCAACGAUUGCGUCAGCAGCCGCAAGUGUGGCCGUGGCCAAUACGCCGCCUCGUCCAGCAACAACCGCUACUGCUACGACUGCCGCCCUGGCACGUUCCAGUCUGACUCGUCACAUACGGACACAACGUGCUCCUCCUGCCCCGCCGGCAAGUUCCAGGACGACUAUGGCCGUGCCGACUGCGAGACCUGCCCCAGCUCCCAGUACAACCCAUACACCGGACGCUCGUCGUGCCGUGACUGCUCCUCCGGCUACUACCGCAGCAGCCCCAGCACGCAGACGCGCUGCCAACCCGGAUACCGCUGCCCUGGCUCGUGCUCCCGCAUUGCAUGCUCCCCAGGCACAUACCAGAACAGCUACCGCCAGGUGUCGUGCAAGUCCUGCGAGGCUGGCAAGUACCAGACCGAGUCUGGCGCGUCCAGCUGCAACAACUGCGCCAACGGCUACUACACCACCUCUGCCGCGUCUGCCCCCAGGCGCUGUCAGCCCGGCUUUGCCUGCAGCUCGUGCAACCGCCGCGCGUGCAACGGCGAAUUCUACCAGAAUGCGGCCGGCGAAUCCGACUGCAAGCGCGCAAGCCAGUGUGGUGCUGGCCAGUACGUGAGCCGUGGCCCGUCACAGACAACGGACCGCGUGUGCGGCUCGUGCUCUCUGGGCCGCACGUACCAGGACGCCAGCUCCCACACCUUUGGCAGCUGCAAGCCCGUGCGCAACUGCCCUGCUGGUACCUUUGUCGCCGCGGACCCCACCCUCAGCUCCGACCGCGUGUGCGGCAAGUGCCAGGAAGGCACAUACUCCUCGGGCGUCAACGCGAAGCAGUGCGAGGACAUUGGCACGUGCGAUGCUGGCGAGUACGCCUUCUUCGCCUCGUCCACCUCGGGCGUGGACUGCCGCGCCUGCGCGCUUGGCUCCACCUACCAGGAUGAGACAAACCACAACCGCCAGUCCUGCAAGACUGUGUCUCCCGAGUGCCCGGCGGGCCAGUUUCAGGCCGUUGCUCCAACCCGCUCCAACGACCGCGUCUGCAACGACUGUCACCCAGGUACCUUCUCUGAUCGCCCUGGCGGUGACGAGUGCGACCCUCACACGCAGUGCGGUGCCGGUUUCAUCGAGACCAGCCCCGCCACGCCGACCUCCGACCGCGCCUGCCGUCGCUGCAACGGCGUCACGCAGUACCAGGACGAACUGCACCAGGCCUCGUGCAAGACCGUGCGCACGUGCUCUUCCACCCAGUACGAGACCACGGCGCCCAGCCCCUCCAACAACAGGGUGUGCGCCUCUUGCACCACCUCCUGCCCCAGCGGCAAGGUGCUUGUCGGCACCUGCGGUCCCACCACCGACAAGCGGUGCGAGUCGUGCCACCCGUCGUGCGCCACGUGUGACGGCACCACGGAGAACGACUGCCUCUCUUGCGCCGACUCAAGCCUCACCCUUCUGGACGGCCGCUGUGUCAACCCUGACUGCGGCGAAGGCGAAUACCGCGACGGCGCAACCUGCAAGCCGUGUGACUCCUCUUGCGCCGAGUGUGACGGCGCCGGUUCGAACCGCUGCAUCUCGUGCAAGGGCGAUCGCUACCUUGAUGGCAACUCGUGCGUGACCAAGUGUCCGACUGGGUACUUCAAGUUCACCAACAGCGAGCGCGACAACGUCUGCCGCCGCUGCACCAGCUGUGAUGACGGUACGUUUGCCUCGACCCCUUGCGAUGGCAGCACCUUCACCGACACGCAGUGCAGCCCAUGGAGCACGUGCGACGAGGGCGAGGAGGAGGACACUCCACCCAACAGCGUUCGCGACCGCGUGUGCCGCAAAUGCGAGGCGGACAAGGAAUACCAGGACCAGCCUGGCAAGCUCUUCUGCAAGUCUGUCAGCGUGUGCCAGCACGGCCAGUACGUGUCAACCGAACCCACCCUGACCACCGACCGCCAGUGUUCCGCUUGUGGCACGGGCACCUUCACCAAUUCGGAGAACGCCGCGCGCUGCCUGCCCUGUGCUGCAGGUUCAUUCCAGGACGAGACAAACUCCCCAAGCUGCCAGGAAUGCGGCAUCGGCAUGUACGAGCCCGAGCAGGGCCAGACGCAGUGCGCGGAGAUCCCGCCCGGCUACUACGGCGUCGGCGGCACCAUCUCCACCCGCACGGGCAUUGCCGAGUGCCCGCGUGGCUACUACUGCCUCGGCGGCUCCCACGACAAGCAGGCCUGCCCGCCCAACCAGUACCAGUCCGAGACCGGCCAGAGCCAGUGCGUGGACCUCACCGUGUGCGGCGAUGGCGAGCUUGUCUCCAAGGAGCCCACCAGCAUCAGCGACCGCGAGUGCUCCCCUUGCCCCGACGGCACGUACCAGGACGACAACGACCACGACAUGACCGAGUGCAUUCCCUGGACCACCUGUCCCGUCGGCACCCACAUCUCUACCACAGGCAACGCUCGCCGCGACCAGUCGUGUGCCAGCUGCGACGCCCCGGAGACGUUCCAGGAUAAGGAGAACCAGCGCACGUGCAGGCCCGUCUCAGACUGCCCCGUCGGCACGGCUGAGCUUGUUGGCCCCACCCCCACCUCCGACCGCAAGUGCCGCGCUUGCCAGGUCGGUACCAACUACGCCGAUGACACGGGCCUGGAGAUUUGCAAGCCCGUCACCAACUGCCGCCCCGGCACGCGCGAGGUGGCCGCCCCAACAGCCAGCUCGGACCGCGUGUGCCAGGCCUGUGAGCCCAACACGUACACAGAGUCAGAGAACGAGAAGACGUGCCGUCCACACACGCUGUGCGGCGCCAGCGAGAAGGAGGUGGAGGAGCCCACCACUUCCAGCAACCGCCGCUGCGGCUGCACUGGACCGGCAAUUGACGAGUGCACGGCCUGCGGACCCAACCUGCAGCUGCGCAACGGCCGCUGCAUCAGUGAGUGCCCCGAUGGCGAGUAUGAGCUCGGCAAUGGAUGUGCUGAAUGCCACUCCACGUGUGCCGACUGUGAUGGCCCGGACGCCACCAACUGCCUCCUGUGCGACGGCAACCUCAACCUCUGGGUCGACGAGCAAGGCCAGUCGUGCAUUGCCGAUUGCCCUCCCGGCUACUACGCCAAGGACCACCGCUGCGUGCCAUGCACCUCAUGUGGCAUGGGCACCUGGGCCUCCACCCCAUGCUCCGCGUCAUCCGACGCCGUCUGCUCUCCCUGGACCGAGUGCAAGCCUGGCCAGAAGGACUGCACCCUCGGCAUGGAGUACCAGCCGCUGCCGGGCCGCACCUCGUGCUUCCCCACCAGCGUGUGCGAGGAGCCCUUCAUCGAGACCAUCCCGCCCACGCUCACCACGGACCGCCUGUGCUCCUGUGACACGCUCACCUGCAACAAGUUCAUCACGCAGCUGUUUGAGGAGAUGGUGUGCGCCGAGCCCACGGACAAGCAGUUCGACGUCGUGCUUGAUGUGUGCUGCUCCGGCCAGGGCGAGGAUGGCAUCCGCGACACCAUUCGCCAGAUGGACGCCUACGAGGCACGCCGUUCCUGCCCGGGUUGCACAGACACGUGCGAGUGCAGCGCUGGCUUCAUCCUUGUCUUCGACGCCGACUCGGCUGACUGCCGCCCGUGCGACGGCGUGACGGAGUUCUCCCCAUCCAUUGGUGGCAGCAAAUGUGAGCCCAUUGAGGAGUGCGAGCGCGGCCAAGAGGAGGUGUCCGCGCCAACCUGCUGCUCCUCGGACCGCGUGUGCCGCGACUGCCUAGCCGGCACCAUCGACAAAGACAGCGCCGGCUCCACGGGUUGUCAGAUGUGCCCCGCCGGCCACUACACGGAGGCGGGCUUCCACGGCUCCUGCUCCAGCUUCACCUGCCGCGCAGGCACCCACGACCACGACAGCGACGCCGCCACGCCGUGCCAGCCGUGCGUCUUUGGUAUCACGUACCAGGACGAGGAGGGCCAGACCACGUGCAAGGACGUGACAGAGUGCGCGCCCGGUUUUGAGGAAGUGCAAGCGAUGACGCUUAUCAGCGACCGCGUCUGCGACGAGUGCCCAGAGGGCACAUACAAGGCUAUCUCUGGCCAGGGCGUGCCCUGCCUCCCCGUCACCACGUGCGAUGCUGGCGACGAAGAGACGGCCGAGCCCACCCCCACGAGCGACCGCGUGUGCAGCCAGUGCGAGCUUGGCGCCACCUUCAAGCCCGUCGACGGCCAGGCCGAGUCGUGCCGCCCCGUCACGCAGUGCGGCCCGGAUGAGGAAGAGAUUCGCGAGCCCACGCGCCAGCAUGACCGCCUCUGCCGCAAGUGCGUCCAGGACAUUACCUACCGCCCCGCCGGCUCAGACACGUGCGUGCCCGUGUCGCGUUGCGCGGCCUCAGAGUACAAUUCCACGCACGCCACGCUCACCACGGAUGUGGAGUGCACGGCCGUGAGCAACUCCAGGCGCCCACGCUCGACUCUGACCGCGAGUACGCUGGAGUGUUCCGAGUGCCCCAGUGGCCGCUACGAGAUUCGCGCCUGCUCUGCGCUGGAGAACGUGCAGUGCGCCGGUUGCUCUGCGUGCCCGCCGAACACAUACAUCCUGCGCGCAUGCGACUCGGAGAAUGACGUGUCGUGCCAGCAGUGCAGCACGUGCUCUGAUGAGCAGUACCGCAGCGCACCAUGCACCGCCACCAGCGACACGGAGUGCACGACGCUCGACGUGUGCGACCAGGACCAGUUUGAGCUGUUCCCCGCCACACCAACCACGGACCGCAUCUGCCGCGACCUGAGCCAGCGCAACCCGACGACGGAGUACGAGCGCACCGCCUGUGCCACCUCAUUUCCAAGUGCGACCCUGGCGAGCAGCGCAUCCGCGCGCCCACCUCCACCUCCGACGCCAAGUGCGAGCCGUGCCCCAUCGGCACCACCGACCACGACCGCAACCCGCUCACCGCCUGCCAGCCGUUUCCUGUGCCCAGCCGGCACCGCCGACCUGGACCGCAACGCCAGCACGCCGUGCACGCCGUGCCAGGCUGGCGUGGACUUUGCCGCCCUCUCUGGCCAACGCGAUUGCACGCCUGUGACGGAGUGCGACCUCAGCUGUCAUCAGGGGGUGCGCCCUACCAUGCACCCCACCAUCUUCACGGACCGCCAGUGCCGCCGCUGCAUCGAGGGCCUGUUCUACCGCGACAGCAACAUGGACUUCUGCACACGCGACACGGACCGCGAGUGCCAGAUGGGCCACACGUGCCCCAACAACACCACGUUCAUCUCGCGCCCGCUCACGCCCACGACGUAG